AUGAUCUCACAAUUCAUAGGGUGCGUGAGUGUGACUGUUUGCCUCAUUCUGGUAGUAAUUGUGUACUUGAGGAUAUACAUAAUCUUAAAGCGACACAAAAAUCAGAUUGAAGGCCUUCAAAUCCAAGAAGUACAACAGGGAGUUCAAAAUGGCGACUUAUCAAACUUUUUGAAGCUUCGAAAGUCAGCUCUUGGAACAUUUUACGCAUGUAUUGUGUUCUUGAUUUGUUAUUUGCUUUCCUAUAUUCUCUAUUUUUUACUCCUGGCUCGCCUUUUAAGUUCAAUCUCUUACUACAAAGCUUGGCCCCAUACAACGACUUUGUUUUUCCUCAACUCGUCUUUGAACCCUGUUAUUUAUUGCUGGAAGAUGGGACCCAUUCGUCGCGCUCUCAUGGACAAUAGCAUUUGUUAUGAGGAAUUGUUGUUGUAAAUAUAAGCUUCUAGAAAUGUCCAGACUGCUUAGUCAUGCUGACAUGCGCACCAUAGAACUUUCUAGAACAUUUGAUCAAGUCACGCAACUAUUACGUAAUACUACUAAAAUAGUUCUUUUGUAAGCUUCUGGAAUGUUCCAGAACACUUUGUGGAUGUAUAUAAGGACCCAGUUGUGUAGUUGUAGUAGUUGUUGUUGCUGUCGGGAGUGACCGACUUUUGAGAAAGCUAUACCAUGAGAGAGAGCUAGAGUGGAAGAUUGCUAAUUUCAAGAAACGUUUGAGGAAACUGUGAGUUCUUCUCAACGGCGAGCUAAGAUAUAGACUGUGGUGGGCUAAAGUAAGUUUAUGGAGUAUAAGUACUAUACUGCCUCUAAGAGUCACUCCUUAUUAGGAAAUCCCUCGACAAAUAAAGUAGUUGAGUUUGCUGGAUUGAAGCGUUUUUCUGUCGGUUAGAUUAUACCGUAACACAUUAAUUGGGUUCACUUCUGAUGUCAAUUCACUGUGCUUAGGAUAAGAGCCUCGGCCAUCGUCAAAUUAAACUUGAUUGUCGAAAGUGCGUAAGGAAAACUGAGGGAGGAUGAGCUUUAACGGUUAGGAAAACUACACAGUGAGGUACUAUAAAGUCAAGCAUAAGAAAGUAUCAGUUGUAGUUUUAAACGUAUUUUGUAUGAGAAAUUUGAAAAUGACCAGAAAGCUUCCUCGCUACUUGAAAUAUUACUUCAAAGUCAUGUCAUCAUUUGACGUAUGUAUUUUUAAUUUUCGAUAGGAUACUAAAUUAUCAGUAACCUUAUGAAGUGUAUAGCUUGUGAAUUAUAUACAAAACCGACGUUUAGGUUGCUUUAUAGUGUAAUAAGGGCCACAAGUUCAUCAGUGUUUUUACUACAGUUAAAUGUAACCCUCUUUGAAUAUAACCUUUUCUUACUUGCGAUCACACAUAGACUUCCAGAAUUCAGUUGUGCGGUUUAAAAUAAACAAUACUCUUUCAAGGUGAAGAGACCUCAGAUUACAUGAAGUAGCUUCUUAAUUACUCCAGUCGGCGGAAGAUCGAUUCCUCAGAUCCCCCUGUGCACACCCAGCAAAGGGCAAAGAACAGUUUAUUAGGUCCUGUCACCCAAGUAGAAGAGGACGUUGACAGAAUACAAACGCUGCUUAAAGAAACAUUUUAUUUUAACUAUUUUCUAGAUAAUUUAAUAUCUUAUUUCACAUUAGUUUUUACAUCUAUUUGCAUGUAUAUAUCCCCUUCGUACAAUGUAUCUUUAUUCUGAAAAGCCCUUUUGGGACGACCUAAGUAUGUCAUCUAUAUUUGUUAACCGCCAUUUCUGAGAUAUUAGUUUACGCGAUUUUUACCUCCGUUGCUCUCAAUCAGGUGGCGUCCAUGGUUUUAUACACAUUUGAGGACAGUGUUUAGAAGCAGGAUAGGUUGUUGUUUUGAGUCUCGAGACCCAAUAGGUACUUCCUGCUAUUGUAUGGUUUCUAAAACAGGAGCAUAAUUCAGUCUUCCUUCACAAAAUCGAUUUUUCAAAGUCGAACUUCACCUUGACUUAAAUGUCAUUGAUAAGCGGACAACGUCGAAAGUUGGACGGAGUCUUACGACAUCCAGAAUUUGACAGAACCGAUAAAUAAGACGGAGCCAGAUUGAUACUUCGCAAAGGGCAAAAUGCGCAAAAUGCGCUUGGAAUAAGACGGUGGAUUGCAGAAUGAAUAUCGCUCUCACAGUCCAAAAUCAUGGCUUACGAUAGGUGUAUACUUUUCGUUGUGUGUCUAGUAUACCGUGUCGAAUUUGUCUCAUCCUUCAGCCGAAAAAUAGCAGGGUUUAGUGAUGAAUUGAAGAACAUAAGCGCAUGUCUAUAAAGUGAAAAACUAGUUGUUACAAUAUUGGGGCCGGUAAUUGCACGGGCAGCCAAAAGGAUAAAGCGAGGGAAAUAUCAAACCCAAGAACGCAAAGUAAACGUAUAAAACACCGGCAGCAGUUUUCAUGAUCCUUGCUUCAUCUCGCUAUUUUGUCCAACUUACGCCUCUAGUUCUCGUGGUUGCUGAAUUUGCCUCUUGCGGCGUCGUGUAAUAAAACAGAUCUUGCAAUAGAUUGCUGUAGUGACAAGAAGGCAAAAGGUUCCAAUACCUGACAUGAUUACCAUGAGUACAGCAUAAGGGACGAGGAAUAUUGUCGAAUUCCUAUGUAAAGGUAGGAAUCCCUUCUCACCUCAUUACAAACAGUGCCACAUGGAAGUUUUGUCCAUUUACAUUCAUAUGAUUGCACGUAUGGAUGAUUCCAUAAUAUAUAGCACCACAUAAAAUUUUUUGUCGAGCAUAAUGGCACAAGAUUCACGUGGACUAUUCUUAUGCGCACAAUUUUCAGGGUUCUGCAUUUUCAUUACAACCUGAAGUCAACAUUCUCUAUUUGCAAUAGUGAACAAACUUUAACCAGCAGAUUAUUUAGAGAGAAAAAUCAAGGAAAAUCAUUUUGUUAUUUAUUAGUAAAGUGGCAACUGGCUUUAAUUUGCUUCCGAGUAGUUGAAAGAUGGAGCAAAACACUUGACCAAUCACUUUACGAUGUAAAGCGAAACUAUUACGAUCCAUGACACCGCUCAUUUGCAGACUUCUUUUCACUUCUGUACGAAAUAAACUUAUAGUCCUGCCAUUCACCUAUUUGUUGUUUUUUAUUAUUUCUUUACUUACUGACCUUAACAGGCUAAAAUUUUUCAUAUUCAAACAUAAAAUUGCAUUUUUCACUUCUAAUUUACAUGUAUUAAUGUUACAAAAAUACCAGCCCUCAUUUUUAAUUUACAACAGUCGUCAACAUAAACAGUAGCCAAACUUCCUGUAUUCUUUUCGUUUAAGUGUUUUAUGCAGAAUUAUAGUAGCGUUUGAUAAAAUGUCUUAUCUGUAUCUCCUUUGGUUUAAAUAUGUAAAAAUACUGUCUCUGAGUAUGUCUUCCGUGUAUUCAAUCGAAUUUAGAAAUAGGGAAACAUAUUUGAAGCGCUCUUUAAUUAGUUGACCAUAAUGUUUCGUUUAUUCACUUUGAUAGAUGAAAAAUAUGUUAAUGAAAGCUCUCUUUUAAAUUACCUUUUUUCAGGUAUAAAUCCCAUGUUUAGCUAAAAUUUCUUGAAGCAUUAAACACAAAAUUUGUGUUAGUUUUAACCAACGUCGAAUGAAAGCGAUACUCGAUGCUUUUUUCGAAAAUGCAAAUGACAGAGUUGAAGACAUUUUGACUGUACGUACAGAUGGCUUCGAUUGUGUUCUAUCCUCGUGAUUGACAGCUACUAAAAUUUCCGUAAUAAAAUAUCGGAAGAUAUCAGAGGCUCUGUGGUUUUAACGCUCAGCUCUCAUGGCGGAAAAAGCUUGCGAUAUUCUCAACGAGUCUUUUUAUGGAACCUCAGCGGAUUAUCAAGAUUUUCGUCCGGCACUUGUCGCUAAUUGUGUGUUCAACAGCUUUUUGUCUUAUACAAACAUCUUUUUGAACAUUAUUACCAUCCAUGCGAUAAGGAAAACCGCGUUGUUGCCAAAACCUUUGAGAACAUUAUUACUCAGCCUAGUUGCCACCGAUGUUGGGGUUGGUUUGUUGGUCCAACCGCUCUACAUUUCUACCUUGGUUAGCAGGUUAAAACAAAAACGUAUCGACUGCAUUUACGACAAGGGAUUGUCCGUCGUCAUCAAUUUCUUUUGUAUGUCCUCGUUUUUUAAUGUUGUAACCAUAAGUGUGGACAGGUUCUUAGCUGUUCAUCUUCAUCUCAGAUAUCAAGAACGUGUCACUCAGAAGCGCGUAAUUGCCGCCGUGAUAUCAACAUGGCUGUUAAGCGCAAUUAUUUCUUCUAAUGUCUUUUGGGAUCCAUUGUUUAUCAUCUCGCAAGUCAUAGGGCUCGUGAUUAUAACUGGCUGCCUCAUUCUGGUAGUAAUUGUCUACUGGAGGAUUUACAUAAUCUUAAAGCGACACAAAAACCAGAUUGAAGAACUUCAAAUCCAAGAAGUACAACAGGGAGUUCAAAAUGGCGACUUAUCAAACUUUUUGAAGCUUCGAAAGUCAGCCCUUGGAACAUUUUACGCAUGUAUUGUGUUCUUGAUUUGUUAUUUGCCUUCCUAUAUUCUCUCUUUUUUAUUCAUGGCUCACUUUUUAAAUUCAAUCUCCUACUACAAAGCUUGGCCCCAUACAACGACUUUGUUUUUCCUCAACUCGUCUUUGAACCCUGUUAUAUACUGCUGGAAGAUGGGACCCAUUCGUCGCACUCUCAUGGACAUAAUGCGAGGCAUCGUAAAUCGGUUCAGAGAAUAAAAUUGGUUGGAUUUGCUUCUGAUACCAAUUCACAAUGCAUGGGAUAAGAGCCACGGCCAUGGUAAAAUCAAACUUGAUUUGUCAAAAGUACUUACGGAAAACAGAGGUGGAUGAAAUUUAACGGUUAGGAAAAUUACGCAAUGGAGUACGACAGAGUUUAGCCUAAGAAAAUAUCAGUUGCUAAUUUCAAGCGCAUUUUGUAUGAGAAAUUUAUAAAUGACCAGAAAGCCUCCUCACCGCUUGAAAUAUUAUUUCUAGGUUGUCAUCAAUUAAUGUAUGUAUUUGUUAUUGUCGAUGGGUCAGUAACUUUAUAACCUUGUUAAGUGCAUAGCUUGUGAAUUAAAUACAAAACAGAUUUUUAGGUCGCUUUAUAGUGUAAUAAGUGCCACGAGUUCAUCAGUGUUUUUAUUACAGUUAAAUGUAACUCUCUUCGAAUAAAGCCGCUAGUUACUUGCGGUCACACAUAGACUUCCAGAAUUUACUUGUGCAGUUUCUGAUAUAAAGAAUAAUAUUAAGUCGACAAGACUUGAUGGUUGUCCAUUCGAUUAAAAGUCUCAACCUUGUGAAUAGUAACCCAUGCACUUACCUACUUAGGGAAAGACGGAAGGUUAUACAUUUUAUGCGAGUUACAAAAAGUAGAAGGAGCUCGACGCCUUUGAUUCAGACGGUUGGUCCGUUUUGAAAAACUUAGCAUCAAUUUUCACCUUUUUUAAUUGUACCCUGCGGCAAUCACCGCUGUUCUCGGCUAUCCUCUCUAUAUUUUGGUAUAUUGGAACUUUUUUCAAUGUUUGACUAGCUCAGCAAACAAACACUUACUUAAAAAAAAAGAGGAUUCCCUUUGGAGCUGAAGAGAUCUCAAAUUACAUGACGUUGCUUCUUAAUAACUCCAGCCGGCGGAAGACCAGUUGGCUAUGAACAAAGCAUGACGUCAGACUCCAACCUCGCUCCCAGGAGGAGGCUGGUUAGAAUCCGGAUUGCGAAUCACGUGCUUAGAUCCACUUUAGUGCUCUCAACUAGUAAGAAAAAUUAGUGAUGCAUAAAGUUAACACUCUUAUGGAAAUUAUCACUAAAGUCAGUUGUCAGCAAUCGAUAAUUUGGUAAUUUGGUGUUAACAACUGAAAUGAAAACGUAAAUUGGUCACCGUGAAGAGUGUAAAGGCUGACGUUUCGAGCUUUAGCCCUUCGUCAGAGCGAUUAGAGGAGUUGUGGGUUGUGUGUGGGUUUAAAUGGAAAAAAUUGUGCUACGCUAUUAAUGGGAAUAUGGUGACGAGAAAACAAGAAUAAAUUAGUUGAAUCAAAAGCGCUUGUUGAUACCGUGGGGAUUAAGAGUGCCGAUUUGGAAGAUAAAUUUUUGUUCUAGUGUUUUGCGGCUUUACGAACUGCCUGAAUUUAGGGAAAGGCCGGAAACUGCCAUAUGCUGUAUAGAAUAAUUGGGGAGAUUAAAGUGUUUAGCGACUGGUUUGGAUGCGUCCUUGUCAUUUCUUUCGAUGUCGCGAAGGUGUUCUCGAAGUCGGUCACUUAGUCGUCUGCAUUCAUAUGAUUGCACAUAUGGAUGGUUGCACAACAUGUAGCACCACAUAACAUUUUUCUUCGAGUAUAAUGGCACAAGAUUCAGAUGGAGUAUUCUUAUGCGCUGAAUUUUCAGGGUUCUGCUUUUUCCAUUACAACCUGAAUUCAACAUUUUCUAUUUGCAACAACGGAUAAACUUUAACAAGUAGAUUAUUUAGAGAGAAAAAUUAAGAAAAAUCAUUUUGUUUAUUUAUUAGUAAAGUCUCGACUGGCUCUAACUGCUUUCGAGUAGCUGACAGAUGGAGCGAAACUCUUGACGAAUCACUUUACGAUGUAAAGUGAAACUACUAUAAUUCCUGACUGUUUUUGACACCGCUCAUUUGCAAACUACUCUUUACCUCUGGACGAAAUAAAAUUAUAGUCCUGUUAUUUGCCGAUUCGUUGUUUUUCAUUCCUUCUUUACUUUCUGACCCUAACAGGCUAAAGUCUUUCAUAUUCUAACACAAUAUUGCAAUUUUCACACUUAAUUUACAUGUCUACAUAUAUUGAUGUCACAAAAAAGCCAGCCCUCAUUUUUAAUUUACAUCUGCCGUCAACAUGAACAAUAGUAAAACUUCCUGUAUUCUUUUUGUUUAAGUGCUUAAUGCAGAAUCAUUGUUUGAAAAAAAAUUUUCGGUUGAAAUAUGUAAAAAUAUUACGGGGCCAUUGCUAAACUUUUUCAGAGCUAAGUGCAGCUGUUUAUGAACUGAAGUGGAUCCGGGAAUUGUGAGGAGGUGGUCAAAGUGAGAACCGAACGCGGUCGUCAGUAAGGGGGAGGGCUAUCUGUAAUAAUACACUCCCGGGAAAUAUUCUCAAGCUACUCUAAAACGACUGAAAUAUAUGCCGGUAUUAUCUCAGUUUAGUAAGUUUGCUGAACAUUCUGAUUACCUCCUAGAUCUGCCACAAACGAGUGCGUACUUUCUUCGUAAUAAUUAUUUGGAUCUCUCUCCCACUCCUCACCAACCAUAAAAUGCUCGGUAUCUGAAGAUGUAUUCAGUGUAUUCAGACGAAUUUAAUAAUAAAGAAGGAUAUUUCAAGCGCUCUUUAAUUUAACUGACUAUAAUGUUUCGUAUAUUCAUUUUGAUAGAUUAAAAAAAAUAUGUUAAUGACAGCUUUCCUUCAAAUAACCUUUUUUCAGGUAUAGAUCCCAUGUUUAGUUAAAACGUUUUGAAGCAUUAAACAAAUAAUUAGUUUUAGUUCUAACCAACGCCGAGUUAAAGCAAUACUCGAUGCCCUUUUAAAAAAUUCAAAUGUCAGAGUUGAAGACAUCUUGACUGUACGUACAACUGGCUUCGAUUGUGUUAUAUGCUUAUGAAUGACAGCUACACACGACUUAAAAUUUUCCGUGUUAGAAUUGGAAAAUAUCAGAGCCACAGUAGUUUUGACGCUCAGAUCUCAUGGAGGAAAACAUUUGCAACCUUUUUAACGAGUUUUUCUCUGGAACCUCUGCGAAUGUUAAAGAUUUUCGUCCGGCGCUUGUCGCUAAUUGUGUCUUCAACAGCUUUUUGUCUUAUACAACCAUCAUUUUGAACAUCGUUACCAUCCAUGCGAUAAGGAAAACCGCGUUGUUGCCAAAACCUUUGAGAACAUUAUUAUUGAGCCUGGCUGCCUCCGAUGUUGGCGUUGGUUUGUUGGUCCAACCGCUCUACAUUUCUACUUUGGUCAGCCGGUUGGAACAAAAACGUAUCGGCUGCAUUUCCCAUAGGGGAUGGUCCCUCGUUUUCACUUUCUUUUGUACAUCCUCGUUCUUGAAUGUUGUAACCAUUAGUGUGGACAGGUUCUUCGCUGUUCAUCUUCAUCUCAGAUAUCAAGAGCUUGUGACUCACAAGCGCGUCAUUGCAGCGGUGAUAUCGAUAUGGCUGUUAAGCGCAAUCAUUUCUUCAAGUGUCUUUUGGGAUCCAUUGCUUUUCAGUUCACAAGUCAUUGGGCUCGUGAUUAUGACUGUUUGCCUCAUUGUAGUGGUUAUUGUCUACUGGAGGAUUUAUAUAGUCUUAAAGCGACACAAAAUCCAGAUUGAAGGCCUUCAAAUCCAAGAAGUACAACAGGGAGUUCAAAAUGGCGACUUAUCUAACUUUUUGAAGCUUCGAAAGUCAGCUCUUGGAACAUUUUAUGUAUGUAUUGUGUUCAUGAUUUGUUAUUUGCCUUCCUAUAUUCUCUCUUUUUUACUCCUGGCUCGCCUUUUAAGUCCAAUCUCUCUUUACGAAGCUUUACUCUAUACAACGACUUUGCUUUUCCUCAACUCGUCUUUGAACCCUGUUAUAUACUGCUGGAAGAUGGGACCCAUUCGUCGCACUCUCGUGGACAUAAUGCGAGGCAUCGUCAAUCGAUUUAGAGAAUAG